GAGGGGGUCCGAGAACUGAAGGUUCUGGUUCCAGGAGCCAAACUCGGAGCCGGUUCCACAGAGGGGGUCCGAGAACUGAAGGUUCUGGUUCCUGGAGCCAAAUUGAGAGCUGGUCAGUCAGUUUCUGGUUCAAAUUACUGAAGUGGGGCCUCUGGUUUUAGCAUCAGCUCAGAGGAACUGAGUCAGACCAGAACCAAUUAUUGUGUGUGUGCGAGUGUGUGCAUGUGCGUGCGUGUGUGUGUGUGUGUAUAUGUGUUCAUUGUGUGCUGAGUGUGUGCAGGUGAGCUCUGGGCUUCAGGACCCUUCCUGAGCCCCUCCCCCCCUUGCUGAUUCAGCUGAAAUGCUGCUCUGUGUUUCCACGGGAACAAAAGCUUCCAGGACAAACAGCUCCAGAACAAAGCGGCCAUGUUUCCAGAACUCCGUCCGCCCAUAAAACCCGGCUCUGAGCGGCUCUGAGCGGUUUCACACUGGGACCUGCUGAGCGUCAUGCCUCUGCCCCGACGCCGCUCAUCCCUGCUGGGACAGCCGUCCACCGAGCGCACAGCCUCCUCCUCCCCCUGCGGGAGGAUGACUGCGGCCAGCACCGCCUCCCCCCGCGGGGUCUUCAUCAGCUCUGCACCCUCAGUGGGUGUGGCCUAUGGGCUGGGGACACGGGUGUCCCGCAGGGCUCUGGGAAUCAGCAGCGUGUUCAUGCAGGGGAUGAGGAGCAGCGCAGCGCCGGUGCUGCCCCAGGCUGGGGAUCGAACCACCGGAGUGGCAGCUGCCAGCCUGAACAGCUGCCUAAUGGAGUACCGAGACAAAGUGAGAGCGUUGGAGCAGCUGAACCAGCAGCUGGAGGAGCAGAUCCGGUUCUGUCUGGACCGCAAGGCCUCCAGUGCCGGAGCCUGGGGGGGGCUCAGGAGAGAGUGGGAGGAUGUUUACAGACAGGUCAGUGAAGCCAUCCUGGACAACGCUCGGCUGAUGCUGCAGACGGAGAACAUUCAGGCCAACGCAGAAGACUUCAAAGAAAGGUACGAGAACGAGCAGCCCUUUAGGAGGGCUGUGGAGGAGGAGAUCAGCUCCCUGUACAGAGUAAUUGAGGAGGCGAACGUGACAAAGGUGGAGCUUGAGGAGCAGAUGGACAACAUGAGGGCGGAGCUUCGCAGCCUGGAGUUUAACCAUGAGCAGGAUGUGCGUGUCCUUUACAACCAGAUGGCAGGACGGGAGGUGGAUGAACCUGACGCCCCCAUAGAAACAAGCCUGGAACAGAUUCUGGCCUACAUCCGGAGCCACUGGGAGAAGGUGAUGGAGAGGAACCGAGCAGAGACCGACAGUUACAUGGAGUGUAAGCAGGAGGCGCAGUGUGUGAGCAGCAGGCUGAGUCCUGAGGAGGAGCAGGUGGAGGCACUGAAGGUGGAGUGCAACGACGCCGGCUGUAAGAUACAGAGCCUGCAGGCUGAGACCGAGUCCAUCAGAGCGCUGAAACGUGGUCUGGAGAACUCGAUGAGCGACGCCCGCCACUGGCACGACAUGGAGCUGCAGAACUUGGGUUCUGUAGUGGCAAAGCUGGAAACAGAGCUGGCGGAUGUGCGCGGUGAAAUUGAGCAACAGCGCCGUGACUACGACACGUUGCUUAGCAACAAGCAACGGCUGGAGCAGGAGAUUGGCCUGUACCAUGGGAUCCUGGAUGGAGAGGAGAGCCGUUUUCAACCAGCCACCCAAACACCGGUUUCAGGUCUUCAUUCAGAUCUUGAAGGACCUGCUCCAGACUCCAGAACUGAUGCUCCAGGUUCUCCAGGACAAUGAUCUGGGUGCAGGAUGUUGGUUGACUGAGCCAGCAGAGGUUUUAUGGAUCUUUGUGGUGGACCUGAACAGCAUGUGCUAGAGCUGUACAGGUAAACUAAACCAGAACAGGACCACCUGGACCAGGUCUACACUGUACAGAGUUCUGGAUCUGUUUCAGAUUGGAAUCCGUUUCUAGUUAAAUUACAAAUAUUUUCUGAUUGGUAUUUAUAAUAAAACUAAAUGAAAGUGAAGGUGAUGGUGCGUUCAGGUGCUUCUUAUUCCACAGUUUGUGCUUGGAAACAUCAGAGAUAAGAGACAAGGUCUCCCUGAGGCCCUACACAUGACCUUACUUUACCCAUGCAGGGCUUUAGCUCUAGAUCCAGAUGUUUCCUCAGACUCCAGGGCUGACGCUCCUGGACCUCCAAAACCUUCCUUUGGACCAAGAGUUUUUGUAAUCAUGAUGCAUUUGUUUCCCUGCAAACACGAGGCAUUCAAAGAUACCUUCACCAGAUGAACAUGAAGAUUUUUACUUUCAGAUCCUGAAUAAAGACGAGGACGUCCACAGGCCAGAGACGUUGGUUGGUUUCAUUCUGAUUACUGAUUAAA